UAAAUAUUUAGCUGGCUAGCUAUAACAGCCACUUUAACACAAAGAUAGCUUGAACAAAUAAAUUUCCUGGAGGAGUCAUGCUGUGGGACUGCUGCUGUCUCUGUUUCCUCUGAAUUUUAAUAAAUUAUUGAGUAACUUUAGACAUCACACAGUGAGUCACAGAUUAAUAUCGGGAAUAAAACCAACAUGAUGUGUGACUGAAAGUGAGAGUUGACCUGAGGUGUUGGUUUCAUAUCAGUCAUAAUGAAUUAUAAUGUUGAUAACUUUCUCUGUCUGACACCGACAGUCAGAAGAAACUAAACAUUAGAGGUUAAACAGGAAACACUUUCUUCAAAGCACAGUGGCUAAAUGUUGCCAUUUUAAGUUGAAUACAUUUCAGGGUGUCAUAAUUUAUUCCUCAACAGAGAUGAUAUCCUUAAAAUGUUUUGAAAGGAAAACAGUAAAUUUCGUUGAUUUAUAUCAGGGGUGUCCAAAGUGGGUCCUGGAGGCCCGGCAUCCUGCAUGUUUCAGUUCUCUCCCUGGUGGUAACAACGUUUUCAGCAGGUCAGGGUUCCUCUUAGGCCUCGAACAGCCAUCAUUUGAUCCAGGUGCGUUAAACCAGGGAGAGACUAAAACAUGCAGGAUGCCGGGCCUCCUGGACCCACUUUGGGGACCCCUGAUAUAGAUACUUGCUUUUCAUAGUCGGUUAAUAAUUUAAACUGUGGUCUGCUGACACCUAGUGGAGAAAGUGGUUGAUUGCCUGACAGACAUAAUAAGGUCUAUCAUCUGGUCUGCUCUCCUUUCAGUGACUCUUUAAACUAUUUCAUCUCAUCACCUGAAAAAUUUAACAAAUAGAAACAUUUUCAUUUUGACCCAAUGAAAAUCCACAACAAAUCCAAACUUGUCCUCCCAAUUCUUCUUUUUUAAACUUUCUGCAGUAUGUUUUAUGUAAUCCCACCGGCAUUAAUUAAUCAUUAAACAUCCGUACUACUGGGUGUGCUGUGGUGGUGCAGCGUUUAAGCACAACCCAUGCAUGGAGGCCUUAGUCCUCGACUCAGCCGUCGCAUGUUCGAUUCCCGGUCUGGCGACCUUCGCUGCAUGUCUUUCCUCUUCUCUCAUUACCAACUUUCCUGUCGAUUAACUAUCAAAUAAAGGCCACUAGAGCCAAUAAGACCUUUAAAAAAAACAUCCAUACUACAACAUUUGCAGCUUAUGAAUGGCUCCAAACCUCUGCAUGAGCAUUCACACAGAGUGAAACAAUAAUAAUAACAUGCUGAUAGUUGAAGUAAAAGAAAUCUCGAUGAGUCGGUUAGUGAAUGAAAGGAAGUCCGAGUCUUCUUCAUCGAACAGAUGCUGAUCAUUUCGCUUCUUUUCAUCCCAUAAUGCCAGAACACGUCCGACACGACCGUCCCAACGUAGCCAUGUCGAUUACGUUCAAAACAUUUCAUCUGCAGUGCCAUUUCCGCUCGCCAGGUGGCGGUAAGGUUCCAACCGAAAGCUUUACGUAGAGACACCGGGCGGAUAUAACGUCAGCCGGUAUGAAAACAUGGUUGAACAGGCUGAAAUCCGCGUGGUUCACCAAGGUGGCAGUAAUAUAACCUUCAGGGAGCCGGCUAUAAGCUCCGACUCCAGGUUCCUUCUCUGCGCCUCGGGACACAAUGUGAAGGUGUUCAGUACCGUCACUGAGGAGUGUGUCCAGGAGCUGCGGGGCCACACGGACCUGGUGACCGGUGUGCUGCUCAGACCUUCCAACCAUCUGCAGGCUUACUCCUGCUCAGCAGAUGGCACCGUGAGGCUCUGGGACUUCACCGAUGGGAUCCUCAUUAAGACGUACGUCAUCGGGUAUCCCAUCUGCUCCAUCUACGCCUCGGCCAGCCAUGAUGGCGUCAUCUUCAUCGCCACGCCAACGAAAGGAUACAAAACUUUGGAUUCUCUCCAGCUCCUCGCCGUUCAUCUCCCUCAGACUGCCGGCCAGUUGGUGGAGACCUCUGACCUCUCCGCCGUGCUCUCUGACGUCAGCGCCAACCCGGCGACCGUCGCCUUCGGCAGAGCGGGAGAGUACGUGGCCUCGACGAACGGCGUUCAGCUGCAGAUCUUCUUCUUCAAGAAGCAGAAGUCCUUCAGAUUCUCUCUGAAGGAAAACAGCUGCAGCGGCCGCAGGAACACGUUCACCUGCGUCGCCUGCCACCCGACGGACGACUGCAUCGCCACGGGACACGAAGACGGAAAGAUCCGACUCUGGAGAAACUUCGACCAGAAGAGGGAGUACACCUACCGCACCCUGCACUGGCACCACAGCACCGUGCGCGCGCUGUGCUUCACUCCUGAAGGCUCCAACCUGUUGAGCGGCGGCGUGGAGUCGGUUCUGGUCCAGUGGCGGUACCAGCAGGAGAGCCAGCAGGACUUCCUGCCGCGCCUCGGCGCCGCCAUCACUCACAUCGCCGUGUCACCAGAUGGGGCGCUGUUCUGCACCUCCCACAGCGACAACAAAAUCGUGCUCAUCCAGAGUUGUGUGAAAGUGUCGUCCAUCAUUCAGGGUCUGGUCAAAGGCGAAGCCGUCCAGACGGACCUGAUGGUCGACCCGCGCAGCAAAGCUCUGGUUCUGAAUGGGAAACCGGGUCACCUGCAGUUCUACUCCCUCCAGAGAGACAGACUGCUGUUCAACCUGGACGUGGUGCAGCAGGAGUUCAUUCACCAGGAGGGUCUGGACCAGUUCCAGGUUGUCAUGGCGACGCUGGAUGGCGCCGGCGCAUGGUUGGCCACGGUGGAGGAGCGGAAGCAGGAAACGGUGGAGGCGGAGCUUAAUCUGAAGCUGUGGGCGUUUGAUGAGCCGAGCCAGAGCUUCGUUCUGAACACCACCGUCUCGACACCCCACGAGGUCCGGAUUACGGCCGUGACCUUUGACCCGGCGGCCCGUGGCCAGACCUCCCUGCUGGUCUCCUGCGGCCGAGACGGACUCUUCAAAGCCUGGAGGCUGGCGCCGCCAGCCCACCCGGACGACGGCGGUCCUUCCUGGACAUGUGACUUCGUGUCAGGCUAUCACGGCCUGACGCCGCAGCGCUGCUGUUUCUCCGCCGACGGCUCGCUGCUGGCUGUCGGCUUCCAGGAAGUGGUUACCGUCUGGAGCCCCGCCUCCUGGGAGCUGCUGCUCACGCUGUCGCAGCCGCCGGGCAUCAUCAGGGAUCUCUGCUUCGGCCGGCUGAGCUGCUCCAAGUUUCUCCUGGGAACAACCAGCAGCGACCAGCUGUGCUGCUGGAACCUCCUCACCUGCUCCUUGGAGUGGAGCACGUCCAUGGAGGUGAGCCUGCUGCUGGCAGAUCCGCUGUCUGACAACAUGGCCGCCUUCUGCCACCAGGACGGAAACACAGACCUUUUUGUCUUCAAGCCCAGCGAGCCGCGGCCGCUGUUUUCCCAGAAGGCCGUGUGCUCGGGGCGGGUGAGCCGCGCCGUCUUCGCCCCCAGGGAGGUGGCGCUGGAGAGCUGCGAGGAGAGCAGCCAGUGGCUGAACCGCUCACAGCUCUACUUCCUGACGCCGCUCAUGGACCUGCUGACCUUCAGCACCAGAGCAGAGGAGGAACGGCUGAUGACUGCAAGCAAACAGCUCGUGGUUGACGACAGCGUUGCCAUGACGCCCUUCCAGCUGUUGCUGGGGAAACGCCGACCCCACCACCAAGCAGCGGUGGAGGAUCCGGCGGUCAGACCGCCCGCCGAGCGCCCGGUGCCGCCUGGAGGUUCUGCUGCUGUCAGAGAGCUGCUGCAGAGUCCGGCUCACGUCCUGCCCGCCGCCGCCGCGCUUUGCUCCGUCUUCAUGGAGGCUCUGCUCGGCGUCGCCACGGAAACCAGGGAAAACGAAACCUCAGCGGGAGAAACGCCCAGCGACCCGGAGGAGGAGGAGGAGGAAGAUUCAGAUCAGGAAAUGGAAACCAGAGCAACACGGCCAGAGAGGGGGCUGCUGGAGACGGACAGUGCCGACCCGGUUCUGAGCAGAGCCCAGGUCAGGGAGCUGAGGCGGGUCAGGAAACUGGACCACAGCUGGUUCUCCAGCCUGCUGGACUCCUGAGCACCAGAACCAGAACCUGGGAGCGGUUCUGGGUUUCCUUCCAGGAAGGAGAAGCGACAGGAAGCUGGUUCUGGACUUGGACGGGUUCUGAUCCAAUUCUUCCUGUUGGCUCCAUCGAGCCGGUUCCGUCUGGUUCUGAUGUUUAUUUUAUGACUCCUGAAAUAAUAAACCUCACUGAUGGUUUGUGCUGAUCAGGCAGAACAUUAUGACCAGCGUUAUAGCCAUGUCUGGACAUUUUAGUAGAAAUAUAAUUUUAAUGUUUUUUCUGUGUAGACAUCUUGACGUUCUGCAGACUGUACCUUUAAGAGCCUUUGGCCAUCGCUCUCACUGCAUCUCCACUGGUCAUAAUGUUCUGCCUCGUCCCCGUGACUCAGAUUUUACUAAACAUGAUUGCAGAGAACUGAAUUGGUUUUUUCCUUAAUUUUCUUACAGAAACAAGAUUUUAAUUGUUUUGUUUCCUAAGAACAGAAAAGUUUGGAUACAUUUUUUUUAUUUAUUCCAGU